AUGCUUACCACGCCCUCCGACAACGGUACCACCUUUAUAGGAGCAAAUAAUCAGCUGAAGGAACUCAAAGACUGUUUAUUAAGAGAGGCGAUUCGGAGUCAAAUUCAAGAAUAUUUUUCAGAACAGUUCAUCGAUUGGAAAUUCAUUCCGCCGUAUUUCCCGCAUAUGGGAGGAAUAUGGGAAGCAGGUGUAAAAUCUGCCAAGACUCAUAUGUGUAAAAUUAUUGGCACAAUGCCGAUGAGUCUCGAAAAACUAUACACGGUAUUAAUUUCACUAGAAGCCUACCUCAACUCGAGACCGCUCACCCCAUUGUUCAGUGACCCAGCUGAUUUGCAGCCGUUAACGCCCGGCCAUUUCCUAAUAGGAGAGGCAAUGAUUGCAGUACCAGAACAGGUGUUGGACGUCUUCACUAAUCGAUUGACGCGUUAUCAACUAUUAAGAACGUACAGCGCCGCAGCGGAUUUACCGCCAUCUAGAGAAGGAGCCGGCUGGCCCAGUAGUAGUAGUAAGAAUAUGGCGAAGAUAAGAGCUCUGCGUACCUGA